AUGUUGUCGAGAAGGUUGCCGCGUGUGGUUAAGUACGGACUUUAUGGUAGUGUAGCUAUUGGUGGUACAGUUACUGCUGCUGUGAAACUCAACGAUGGUGAUUACGAUUCAUUGGCAGUCGUUAGGCUAUCCAGGACAGCAUUCACAGCUGUGGAAAUUGGAAGAACGUACAAAUCCAUGUUAUACAGCAGGGAAUGGGAUAGAAGCUCGCAAGAAUAUUUGGAGGUCAAGAGUCAAGCUCAUCAAAUUGGGGCAGAGAAAUUGCUCGAGCUAUGUAAAGCUAACAAAGGCGUAUAUAUUAAAGUUGGACAGCAUGUAGGAGCAUUGGACUACUUGUUACCCAAUGAGUAUGUGAAAACAAUGAGAAUACUUCAUAAGGAUGCACCAAGAAACAGUGUUGAAGAGCUGUAUAAAGUUAUGAAAGAAGAUUUGAAACGAGAUCCUAAAGAUUUGUUUGAAGAAUUUGAGCCUGAACCUCUAGGCACAGCAUCAUUAGCACAAGUACAUAAAGCUAAGCUGAAAGAUGGCACAGAUGUUGCUGUAAAAGUUCAACAUUAUUUUGUAAGAGAUAAUGUCAAAAUGGACCUAAAAUGGAUGGAAUUCAUAAUAACAACCAUGUCCAAAGUGUUCCCUGAUUUUGAACUACAAUGGCUUAUUGAUGAAACCAAAAAGAAUAUUGCAAAAGAGUUGGAUUUCCUUCAAGAAGGUCGAAAUGCUGAAAGGGUUGCCGAUUUAUUUAAAAAUUAUAAUUGGUUGAAGGUACCAAAGAUUUUUUGGGAAUACAGUACUGAGAGGGUUCUUGUAAUGGAGUAUGUGAGUGGUGGCCAAGUGAAUGAUCUAAAAUAUAUUGAUGAACAUAAAAUCAACAGAUUUGAUCUAUGUAGGAAGUUGGGUGACCUGUAUUCGCACAUGAUAUUCGUCAGUGGCUUCGUACACAGUGACCCUCAUCCGGGCAACAUACUUGUGAAGAGGGAUCCGAAAGACAAGGAUGUCACCGUCUAUUUAUUGGACCACGGUUUGUAUGCUCAACUAUCAGAAAAGUUUAGGUAUCAUUAUUCAAAGUUAUGGUUAUCGAUCAUCGAUCGCAACCGGGAUCAGAUGCGGGUUCACGCGGAAGAGUUGGGGAUUCGAAAGGAGUUAUAUGGAUUGUUCGCGUGUAUGGUCACUGGGAGACCUUGGGACUCCAUCAUGAAAGGCAUUGGGCGAACGAGACCAACGUCUGAUGAGAAAUCAACAUUCCAAAAUGAGUUACCAAACAUUUUGCACUAUGUUACACAAUGUUUAGAGCACGUCGAUAGACAGGCGCUACUGGUGCUAAAAACGAACGAUCUUAUCCGUAGUAUAGAAUACGCACUCGGCAUGCAGGACCGAAUGUGUGGCUUUGUGGUCAUGAGCCAAUGUUGUGUACAGAGUGUGUACAACCUCGAGCAUAAAAAUACAUCAUCUGUAUUUAAGAAAUCGUUAUUAAACCUCAAGUUUGGCUGGUCAUUACUGUUGUUAUAUUUCUACAGUUUUUAUUUAAAAGUACAUUUUAUGGUAAAUAAAUAG